AUGCAUUUCUGCAUUCAGUUGAGUUUUUGUUGGAAAAUCAAACCCAUCAUCUAGGGUACUUAACAACACCUGUUUAUUAAAAACGGAAUCAAUAUCGGGUCUUUGAGAUUGCAAUCAUUCUUUGGCGCGCUGUCGGCUGAGGAAAGCAGCUCUGCGCGCGGCACAGCAGGUUAAUGCAGGACUAUGCGGGAGAGAGACCGGUCGUCUGCAGUCUGUCCCCCAGUGCUAAGAUGAGCCUGUCUCCGGCCGGGGGCGGAGCCUGCCCGGAUAGCUCUCCCAUUGGCUGCUGCGAGGUGCCCAUGGAGGACAUGAAGGCCCUGGCCAUCGGUGCCCUCUCUGCCACCGACAUCCAGGAGCAGUACGAGCACAUCCGCCAGCUGGGCAAGGGCACCUAUGGCAAGGUGGACCUGGUGGCACAUCGGACCGAGGGUACAAAGCUGGCCCUGAAGUUUGUGAAUAAGGACAAGACCAAGCUGCGCAGUUUCCUGAGGGAGUACAGCCUCACCAGCGACCUGGGCUGCAGCCCCUUCAUCAUCAAGGUGCUGGACGUCCUGUUUGAGACAGAGGAUGCUUACGUCUACGGCCAGGAGUACGCCCCCGCCGGAGACCUGUUUGACAUCAUCCCACCCCAGGUGGGCCUCCCGGAGGAGGUGGUGAAGCGCUGCAUCCGGCAGCUGGGCCUGGCGCUGGACUUCAUGCACGGGCGGGGCCUGGUCCACCGCGACGUCAAGCCCGAGAACGUGCUGCUAUUUGACAGCGAGUGCCGGCGCGUGGCGCUGGCCGACCUGGGCAUGGCGCGGCGGGAGGGCAACCGGGCGAGGCGCGUGAGCGGCACCGUCCCGUACACGGCGCCCGAGGCCUGCCGGGCCGGCCGGGGGAUGGACGGCGGCGGCGUCCCCGUGACGCGCGGCCAGGACGCCUGGGCCUUCGGCGUGCUCAUCUUCUGCGCGCUGACGGGCAACUUCCCCUGGGAGGCCGCCCUGCCCUCCGACGCCUUCUACCGGGAGUUCUGCCGCUGGCAGCGGGCACCGGGGGCCGGGUCCUCCGGCCAGGGGGGCGGCGGCGAGGGUGAAGGCGGCGGCGGCGGCGUCCCCUCGCAGUGGCGGCGGUUCACGGGCGACGCCCUGCGGAUGUUCCGGCGCCUGCUGGCCGUCGAGGCGGAGGAUCGCAGCGCCGUCACCGACGUCUUCCGCUUCGUCGAGUUCCAGCUGGUCAGCGAGCGACGCCGCCAGCCCUCCUGCCGCAGGAAGCGCUCGGAGUGGAGCGCGGGCUCCUCUAACUCCUCCUCCUCCUCCUCAUCAUCUUCCUCAUGUUCUUCCUCCUCCUCCUCCUCCUCCUCUACACAUUUCAACCACAAGCACCCCGAACCCUUGACCCCGCCUUCCUCCGCCUCCGCUUGCCUCCACCCCGCCCCCUUCAGGCGAAGUGUCCCCUCGGACCCGCGUCCCAACGCCCAUCACUCACCUGGUCGUCAGAAGAAGGGCAAAGGUCAAAUGGUGAUGGCCACCGCGAUUGAGAUCUGCGUGUGACAGAGAUGGGCAGGCGUGGUGGCAUAGUCUGGGUCAUCCCAGCUAUUGUUACACCUCCCCCCCUACCCUCCACUACAGACAAUAGCCAUCUUGACCAGGACUCCCUGGCAGAAGAGAUAUUGUAUCUCAGUGGGAGCUUUCUGGUUAAAUAAAGGAUAAAACUAAAAGAAAUUAUGGGAGUUUUGGGUUACCUAAAACAGGAGUAUGGGUGUUGGGACUGCUCGAAGCUGAAGACCAAAUUUUGACUACGCUUAACCAGCUCAUAGAGUACAGCUCCCUGUUUUAUUCUCACAUUUGCUGUUUUUUUAAAAAUUCUGGACAACAUUCCAAGGUUGGAGGACUAUCUUUGUCUCCGUGGCUUGAUGAAACGCUCCUGAGCAGAACAUGCAGCAUAGUUCACCCUCUCACCCCUCUGUGGUUCACUCUCUCACUCCUCUGUGGUUCACUGUCUCACCCCUCUGUGGUUCACUCUCUCACUCCUCUGUGGUUCACUGUCUCACCCCUCUGUGGUUCACUCUCUCACCUCUCUGUGGUUCACCCUCUCACCCCUCUGUGGUUCACUCUCUCACUCCUCUGUGGUUCACUCUCUCACCCCUCUGUGAUUCACCCUCUCACCCCUCUGUGGUUCACUCUCUCACCUCUCUGUGGUUCACUCUCUCACCCCUCUGUGGUUCACUCUCUCACCCCUCUGUGAUUCACUCUCACACCCCUCUGUGGGUCACCCUCUCACUCCUCUUUGGUUCACUCUCUCACCCCUCUGUGGUUCACUCUCUCACCCCUCUGUGGUUCACCCUCUCACCCCUCUGCAGUUCACCCUCUCACUCCUCUGUGGUUCACUCUCUCACCCCUCUGUGAUUCACUCUCUCACCCCUCUGUGGUUCACCCUCUCACCCCUCUGUGGUUCACUCUCUCACCCCUCUGUGGUUCACUCUCUCACCCCUCUGUGGUUCACUCUCUCACCCCUCUGUGGUUCACUCUCUCACCCCUCUGUGGUUCACCCUCUCACCCCUCGGCAGUUCACCCUCUCACUCCUCUGUGGUUCACUCUCUCACCCCUCUGUGCUUCACUCUCUCACCCCUCUGUGGUUCACUCUCACACCCCUCCGUGGGUCACCCUCUCACCCCUCGGCAGUUCACCCUCUCACUCCUCUGUGGUUCACUCUCUCACCCCUCUGUGCUUCACUCUCUCACCCCUCUGUGCUUCACUCUCUCACUCUUCAGCAGUUCUCCCUGAGGUCUCUGACUCUGGUCCAUCACAGUGAGACAGAUUCAUUCUCACAGCCCUGAACCUGUUUGAUGUGCAGCUGAACCUGAGCUUCACGAGCUGGACAGACUCAUGAGAACUGGGAUUGUGUUUUCCCUCAAGGGGUCUCAAUCUAAGCUUAAAGAUCUAAUCACUGCAGGGACAUGCUGACAUUGACUCUCUCAGUUCCUAUCGACUCUGAGCCUACUCCUCUUUACUGACUGCAAACAAGGACCUUCACAUCAGGAGUGACAUUCUAACUGACAUCCUGCUGUCUUUUUUAUUUCCUCAUCCUGGGUCUUAAGCAUCGAGACUCACAGGCCCUCCUGUGACCUCAAUCUCAGGACAGCAUUCAGGAGCGGAUGUCCUGUUCCUCUUGUUCCUGCGUAGGCUGUUGAAGUACAGCCAUCGCUUAAUUUCUCUCUGUACAAGGACAAGCAACAAAGACUCACAUGUGCUCUUCAUGCUAGGUGUCCUCACUUGACCACAACCACAGACAUUGCUGUGAAUAUUAAAAUCGUCCUCAAAGGAA